CUCACGCCCACUUUCAGAUCAACAACAACAGUUUGUGUGAGUGUAACUUUAAGUGCCAGGGGAAAAUUGGGUCAGUGAGAGAGGAGAGAGGGAGAGAAGCAUGUGUUAGAGGAGGAGAGAGAGGCGCAGUGAGAGAGGGGAAGACGCACACAGAAACGGAUAGAAAUCCUUGAAGCUCUUGUACUACAGUAACAAGUGGUCACUUGAGUAAUCACUGGUGAUCCAGAGAGAAAUACACCUUCACAAUCAUGGCGAGCCUUCCAAAAGAGCCGCCUGAGGAUGCCAAGAAACAAAGCUUCUGGAUGCCUGGGAACUACGUGAGAACAGUGCACCGGACUGAGCAAUCCUACCAGGCUUGCAACGACAUCAUGGCGUGCUUCAUGGAGAGGGCGAAGGUGGAGAAACAGUACGCCCAGCAGCUCAGUCAGUGGAGCAGCAAGUGGAAGACCAUUGUGGAUUCUCGGCCACUAUAUGGCUCCCUUAUGAGGGCGUGGCAGUGCUUUUUCACCUCCACCGAGCGCCUCUCCGAGCUCCACUCCUCCAUCUCCCAGUCGCUCGUGGCAGAGGAAGGGGAAAGGGUGAAGACGUGGCAGAAGGAGACUUUCCCGAGGAAACUCUUCUGUGGGUUCAAGGAGAGCCAUGACAACAACACGAGUUUUUCACGGGCGCAGAAACCCUGGUCCAAAAAACUCAUGAAGCUGGAGAAGGCCCGUGUUGCAUAUCACAAGACCUGUCAGAGGGAGGCGACAGCCCUGGAAAAAGAAAAACAUGCAAAUGAAAACACAGAGAUGAGUCCAGAGAAGAAGCAGAAAUUCACAGAUGCCAGAGAGAAGAUAACAGAGGAGAAAGAGAAAUGCAGAGAGCAGUAUGAGAAAGUGCUAGAGGAUGUGACAUCAUAUACUCCUCGCUACAUGGAGGAGAUGGAAGCCAUCUUUGAACAGUCGCAGGAGGAGGAGAGGAAGAGGAUUAGCUUCUUGAAGCAGGCGUUCCUCUCCAUCCACAGACAUCUUGAUGUCACCAACAAUGAGAGUGUGAAGGCUGUAUACAGUGAGCUGCACGAAACUCUGAUGUCCAUCAGUGAUCAGGAUGACGUGAAAUGGUGGAAGAACAACCAUGGGCCUGGUAUGCCCACCGACUGGCCCAAGAUUGAGCAAUGGGUGCCACCAGUAAAAAAGCUGAAAAGAAAGAAGAGAGACCAGAAGAGAAAAGACAGCAGGCCUGUGAUGAUCGGGGGUGUGAAGGUGCGAGCGCUGUACGACUACGUGGGAGAGGAGGGAGAUGAGCUGUCCUUUAAAGCAGGUGAAGUCUUCCUGAAGGUGGAGGAAGAGGACGACCAGGGGUGGUGCCGAGGCAUCCUUAGCGAAGGGAAGGAGGGCUUCUACCCCGCAAACUAUGUAGAAAUUGUGGAGUGAUGUUUCACUGUUUAAUUUUCUGUGCCCUAAACUUAUGUCUCACAAAGAAUUAGUUUAAAAAUAUAUAUUUAAAAAAAUAACAUUUAUAUUCUAUGUUUCCACACUGUUUCUGAGUCCAACUUUAUUCAGACAUUUUUGACAUUUGUAACCUAAAGCCUUAAUAUUUUAACCUACUGGUUUGAUGACUUCUGCAAUAUCAAAUAACUUAUGAAAGACAAGAAUGUAUUGUUUGUGUCAGAGCUGUAUGUGUUUAUGUGUGACUGUUUGUUUGCAUGCAUGUGUGCUAUUUCAUACCAAAGAAGAGCAAAUGAGAAAGUAUUUAUUUAGUGUCCUCAUGUCUGAGUCAGCUGGUUAAUGUAUAACAACACCUGAUAAUGAUUUAUGAGGUUAAGCUGGGUGCACGUUUACAAUGAUAUGCACACACAGUUCCUGUUUACCUAAUAAGUAUUAUGUAGAAGUUCACAGAUGUCACUUUGACUGAGGGAGUGGAUUUUCAAAUAAAUCUGAAAUUGUUUUACCUCUAA